AUGCCUCAUCAGGGUUCCUCUCUGACCUCUGACCUCUGUGUUGUUUCCUCCACUGCAGGAGAGACGAUCAGAGCUGAACCUGGAGAAAACGCCAUCCUGCCAUGUGAAGCUCCUGAGAAAAAACCUGUCAUCAUUGUAGAGUGGAGAAGAUGUGAUCUGGAGGGAAAUGAUCAUGUUGCUCUGUAUCGAGAUGAACAGUUUGAUAAUGAGGGUCAGAAUCCAGCUUAUAAGAACCGAGUGGAUCUACAGGACAGAGAGAUUAAGAAUGGAGACAUGUCUUUGGUUCUGAAGAAUGUGACGAUUAAUGAUACUGGAACAUAUGAAUGUCGAGUUGAUGGGAUUAAAAAUAAACACAGGAAGAGAUCUCACAUGAAGAAUGAACCCAUCUGCAUCAUCACCCUGCUUGUUUCUGCUCCAGGGAGCAAUGAAGGACAAAAAAAGGAUGGAGGGAACGAGGAAGGACAACCAGAGAAUGGAGGGACCAACACUGGACUGAUAGUUGGUCUCUCAGUUUUAGCUGUUCUGGCUCUAUUUGCUGUUUCAGGUUUUCUGCUCUAUAAAAAACUGAGACGUUCAUCACAGGAACAGAACCAGCCUCCUGGGUUUAUACAACAUGAACACUUCAGUACUUUAUUGCCCUGAAGUUCAUCCCUGAGGGCAAGUGGUGGCCGGAGUGUGAGGGGUCCUUGACUGACCCCAUCCAAUCACUGAACAGAUGCUUAGAACAGAUCAAUGUGUGGAUGGGCCAAAACUUUC